CCUCUUUAGGGGGAAAAAGCCAACUCCUUACACCUUAUUCAUAUCAACAAACACUUUUAUGACUUAGUAUAUAAGCAUUCAUCCAUCUACCAAUUCUCAGAUCAUCGCUUCCCUGAAUCUAACAAAUUACAACAAAAAUUCCGAUGGAAAAUCGUCGUAGAAAGAGCAAUUCAGGUGACAAAUUUUCAUUUCCAAUCAUAAUGCCAGUUCAAGAAGGACAAGAACUCGAAUUUGAAUUCUCAGGUAGUGUUUCACCAGGAUCACCAAAAUCACCAGCUGAUCAUUUAUUCUUCAAUGGACGUUUAUUACCGCAUUAUUUUCCAUGUCAACCUGCUAGUAAUAUCAGUAGUCCAAUUUCAUACUCGCGAUCAACGAGCAGAACAAGUAGUGUUAGCAGCAAGGAUUCGCUCUGGUCCUCGCGCAGCAACAGCACGAAUAGUCGUAGCAGUUGCAGUAGCAGCGCGAGGACCAGCACGAGCGAAUCCUCUGGAAGGAAACUGAUAAGUCAAGAAAAAAUAUCAGCCUUCACUAUGUAUAGGAACUCGUCGAAUAAUAUGAAUUCUUCGAGUACUCAAAAGUGGCAGUUUAUUGUGACACCAACACCAGUUAUGAAGAAAAAACACCAAUUUUCAGCACAAGUUAUAAAGAAAAAGGGCCAGUUUGUUUCUAAAUCUCAGAAACAAAGUGUCAAAGGAUGUAAAGAUUUUAAUAAGUCGAGGAAACAGAGGAAGGAAAAUGGUAAGAGGAAAGUGAGAUUUUGGUUUUUCAGAAGAGUUUUCAGGAAGUUUAUGUCAGCAUGCAGAGAAUGUCAUGCUAUGGAACCAACAAGAAGAGAGAGGUUUUCUUGUCAUUAAAAGAUUGACAUUACUAAUUGCCUCCUAAUAAUUACUGGCUAGUUGUUAAAUUGGCUAGUGUGGUGAUAAUUGGCUAAAUUUUUAACUUUGGUAAUUAUUGAUUUAUGAUUUUGGGGCAGAACAUUUUCCUUAAGUCACAUAGUGAUUAAGCUUAUGCUUUGAUUGUGCAAGGAUUUUUCCUUCCUAUUUCUAUCAAAUAGAUUGAUCAUGUUUUGUAUCCUGGUCUCUUUAACUUAUUUGUUGGCCGAAGAACCAUAGAACUCAG